GCCUCUCAGUUUUAGCAUACGCAAGACACCAGGUAGAAUAAACGUACCAUUGGUUGGAGGCUUCCGAGGCUGAGGGAUGCCACUUGCAGUUCAAAUGGGCCCCGCCUCUUCCUUCAAACUGGUGACACUUUAUCAAAGCGUGCAAAGAUGCUCUAAGGAACGGAUGGCACUGGGAUGUUGACCACCUCUCGGCUCGUCGUAAGGAUCUCUGAGCAGACAUUCAUGUGAUUGAACAGGAUGGGGGCUCCGAAACGCAACCUGUUGGCUAGAAGGGAGUGUCAAAUCCUCACCUUCCUAUGUGUCUUAUCGCUGGCUCUUCUUAACGUCUGGCUCAAGGGAUUCAUCAUUGACUCCAAUCAUCGUGCGGAACUGACAAUUCUGACGUGGCACCGACCCUUCAAUGUUCCCAAUGACCUGAGUGUGGGCUCGAGCUACAGCUGCACUCCGCACUGCAAGAUCGUGGAGCAGAGGUCGUGGUUUCCCUCGGCGGACGUGGUGGUGUUCCACAACUUUGAGCUGGUCAAAGGAUCUCAGAAACUCCCUUUGGAUCUUCCCAGACCGCCGGGCCAGAGGUGGGCUUGGAUUUCCCUGGAGUCCCCUGUUCAUAAUGGAGACCUGAGGAAAUUUGCAGGUAGCUUCAACUUAACUAUCAGCUACAGGAGGGAUGCGGAUAUUACAAUUCCUUAUGGAGAGCGGCUCGCCAAAGAGGCAGAAGAAGAAAAUCCGGUGCAGGAUGUUGCGCGGAACAAAAGCUUUCUGGCAUGUUGGGUGGUGAGCAACUACAGAAGUCACUACAGAAGAAGCCAAAUAUUCGAGGAACUCAGAGCCAUAAUUCCUGUGAAGGUCUACGGACGUUGGUCAAAGACUAAGCUCACCCCUGAAGCACUCCUGCCCACCAUCUCUCGCUGCUACUUCUAUUUGGCCUUUGAGAACUCUGAGGCCAAAGAUUACAUCACAGAGAAGCUGUGGAGGAACGCUUACCUGUCGGGAGCGGUUCCCGUUGUUCUGGGAGCGCCGGUACAGGAUUACAAAGACCUGGCUCCUCCUCAUUCCUUCAUCCACGUUGACGAAUUUGCAUCUGUUAAAGAGCUGGCUGAGUAUCUGCUCCAGGUGGCGGGGGACCAGAAGCGCUACAGCGAGUACUUUCUGUGGAAGAAGAACUGGAAAGUGAAGAACACUGUUAAGUGGAGCGAGAGAUUGUGCAAGAUCUGCUUCAGCCAUUUGCCUCCCAACAAAGUUUACGCUGACCUGGCUGCAUGGAAUCAUGCUAAUGGUAUUCAACGUAAAGAAAUUGCACAUUGAGCUACUAUUUAAAUACUGUGGAUUUUGAACACACCCAGCAAAGUUGGGAUAUUACGUAACCAAGUGUGCUUUUCUUCUUUUAUAAUUACACCUGUGUACAUUUUGGAGAGACUCACUAAACAUGUUGAAAUACUUGCAAAGUGAUUCAAACUAGCUGACAAAUCUGUAUUGUUUACUUUUGAUAUGAUAGCAACAAUGCUACACAUUGUUUGCACUUAAUUGCACUUAAAGGUGUUUGAGCUCAAAAUAAUGCAAACAUAUUUCAGUUGAGAGAGCGUAAGAGCGAUGCACAUAUUCUUUUUGUCUACUUACAAACAGGAUUGAAGCAGAUUUGACAUUCAGUGCUCAGACAUAGCAGAACUGAAUUGGUUAACUUCCUGUUUUCACUCUUUUUUCCAAUUGAAUGAAAUGUGCCAUCUAGCGGUCAACGGGGGAAUUACAACCACUGGAUUUUUUUUUUUCCUCGAAACGCUUUCAAUAUGUAAAAGCAUUUGUUUGAUGGUAAUAUAUUUUCAUUCAUUUUUGUGCUGCUUUGCUUUUUUCAAGUUUAUACAGCCCUUGAUGUUAUUCUGUUAAUAAACUUUAGACUUGCUUGCAGCUUUUA